AUGAAACUCGCAGGGAAGGCUUUCGAAGACAUGGGAAGCGACUUCUCUAGGUUGGCCCAUGUACCGGGCUCUAACUCACAGGGCACAAUUUCACGGUCUCGAUCGAAUACGAGAGAGGAUGACAGCGACGAUGAGCUAAAUCUCUUUCUCCCUACUCGCCCUAGGCCUAAGGGUAUGGAAGAUACGAAGUGCGCCGAUGGCGUUGUGAUGAAUGGAGAAUAUCAUCGCUACCAUAAGGAUCAUCCGCCAAAGACGCUCCCAAGCUUCAAAAAACACAAGCGCAUAAAUCGGGAAGUAGGCGAGGACACUCAGUCGAGCCAAUCGUCCACGUCUUCCACACCAGCAACGACCAGUCGUCUCGAUUCGCAGCCGGCUUCUCAUCCGUCUGGGAAUUCUAUCACCUUCAUUAAGACGUCAAUCCGGCAGCCUGCAUACCCUAACAUACAUGCUGAUAAUAUCAAGUCUACUCCCCCUUCUUCUCCAAAGCGUCGACAGGUGCACCAGAUCUUGUCUUCUCUCCCAGCCCCGAAACCUGCCCAUGAGGGUGUACAUAUGCCUACUGGUGGACGCAAGUCUAUCCGCAGAGGACAAGCAAAGCCUCCCUCACCCGAGCCUGCAAACGAACCACAAACACCGCGUGCAUCCAAGACUUCACGUCCCAAACCGCGCCCAGUAUACAUGAGACAGAGGAAGCAGGCAAAAUCGCCGGCCUCCGCCCAGCGUGUACGAGAGGAUGAAGCCGAAGGGAGCGCGCAAAAGGGCGGAUACACUGUUCCAAAGCUGUCGCCUCUGAUGGGUGGCAUAGUUCUGGAUGCUGGGAGAAGCCGUAAAGACAAGGAAAGAUAUAAAGUCGAUCCCAUCGGGGCCUUGUCUCCCCUGUCAUCGCAGGCUCUUGAAACCCGUGCACAGGUGAACACUCCUACGAGAGUACGCGCAUUACAGGACUUCCCAGAUAUACCACCGCUUUCUUUGACCAAGGAAGAUUACAUAUCUGAGGCGAAAUCGAGCAAAGCGGGAAAAAGUAGAGGAAGAAAAGUUGACAUGCGUGACUGUGCCGCGGAUGAGCACAGGGAUGCGCCGCGUCCGCGUCCAAUUCGAUCCUUUCCCAUGGACCUUGAGCCUCUCGAGAAUCGCCGACACUCGCCUGGAAAACGUGCGUCUGAAGGAGAUAGUGAUGUGCCACUCGGUUUGGAAGCCCCGCGGAAGCGGAAGAAGAGGGCUAAUGCGGACGAGAUUUUGGCAGAGCUACUCUCCGAGCUGUCUGACUCGGAUGAUGACGAAAUAUUGCUUCAUGAUCCAAGCAUUGACCCUCAGACCCUAUGUCCUUGGUGCGACGAACGGCUGCCACCAGCUCCUACACCAUAUCUCUCGUCGCUCAUUACAGCAGCUCGUGAAGUAUCUUCACCGGAUUUACGCCCUACCAAUCCGCUUGGACUUUGCGCACCUUUAGGCUCAUUCAUCGGUGUGUGUCAACGACAUCGGUUUGAAAGUCACCAAAUUCCUCGUGCCCAACGGAGAGGGUGGCCCAUGCAGAUUGACUGGGAUCGGGUUGGUGCGCGCGUCGAGGCACUCAUGCCUCAGCUGCGAGGAAUUAUCGAUGAUGUCGAUGAAGAUUUUUCGCUGGGUUCUUUGGAGGAUGAUAUAGAUGAGGACGAAGGCGAGGACAAUGGGAUGUGGGUGGCCCGACCGAGGAAGAGCAGCAUAUUCUGGAGAGAUAUAAUAAAGAACGUGAGGAAGAAGGGUUCAAGGCAAACAACAAGCAUUGCCGGUCAAUUUGCCAAUUUCAACAAAAUUCAGCCAGGAUAUUAUGGCGAGCUGGGCUACAUAAUUAUACAUCAAACUAUCUAUAACUUAUUCCCGCUUUCAUCGUUUGACGCAAGUUCCACAUUCCCACUCACUCCUGCAGAUUUUGUCCAGCAUAUUCUGGUCCCUGAGGCUGCCGUGUAUCUCAUUGUGGAGGACAUGGGGCAGACGCGCCAGCAGGCGAUCGUCACACUUCGAGAAAGUGCCGAGUAUGGUGUUGCAAUGUUUCCAGACGAUCACGCGGAUGGUGCAGAUGCAAUGGACGCCGCCGAGCAGAUUGUUAUGGAGAGGGCGCGAGCACGACGAAAGGAGUUGGAAGAAGAAGAACGAAUUGAAGAGGAGGAGCUGCACAGGGUCCAAGAACAGGGGAAUGUCCGCAGACACAUCACCAAAGGAAGACGUCGAGCCGAUAAAGAAUACGCCAAAGUGGUGAGUGAGAGCAGCGACGCUGAGCUUAGUGUGAGACGCCCAAAGAGAACCAAAGAGAAAGGUGGAUUGAAGGCAGGUGCUCGCAGAGGAAACACCAAGUCAUUGAGCAGUGACCUGGACACUGGGAAUGACGUUGUUAUGCUGUCCAGUAGCGGAGCGUUGGCUUUCGAACAUGCGAAAGAGACGCGAAGAGAUCCAUCGAAGACACCGUCGCAGCCGAAGCCUCGCCGCAUCGCAGCGGUUUCUACUCUUGCAGAAAGCUCUUGUGCAAUCUCAUCUGCUACCCGCUCCCCGCCAACCCGUUCGCGUCCAAGACCUAAGAUGAUCCGACACCACUCUAGUCAAGGUGAGAUAGCCAAGAAGAAAGAGAACGCUUGUCUGGCAAACAAUUCCGACUCGGAUGUGCAAAUGAUAGGGACUGGACUAUCUUUCACACCGUCAAAGUCACACCGUGAAGUCAAAUCGGAUCGCAAUGGGAAUGCACUUGUUGAUAGGCAGCCUAUCGAUACGGAUGUGACACCGAAGCCAAAGAGGUUCUCCUGUGUAUCUGAAUCUGCUACUGGUGUGGUAGCGGAAGGGAAAGUGUGUCCGCUCGACAUAGCUAAAGCUCGAUCCACCCAGAAAGUGUGA